CCUCGCGUCCGCCUUUGCCGAACAGAACAGCCUCGUGGUUUUCUACCUGAUCGGAUGGGUGUUUCCUCUCCUGCCCCUGAGUAUUUACGUCGGUGUUCGAGCCUACUGGAAGGGGAGCAAAAACUGUUGGAUUCUGCCCAUGGAUGACCUCGAUUGGAUUAUUAACCUCCCGCCUCUCCUUGCUCUGCUGAUCAACAUAUUCUUCGUGGUAAACAUCAUCAGGAUUCUCGUCGGGAUAAUGCGAGCGCCAAACGCCAACGAGCCUACUCAAUAUCGCAAAGCUGUCCGAGCCACAAUGAUGGUCGUCCCUCUCGUAGGCCUACAGUACAUAGUCACCAUAUAUAGGCCUAGAGCAAAAGGCUGCGACUGGCUCAAUGUUUACCAGAUCCUCAACAGCAUUAUAGAAGGAAGUACAGGGGCCGUGGUGGCUAUAAUAUAUUGCUACACGAACGGCGAGGUGCGGACGCUGCUGCGGCGCUCGUGGGUGCGGGUGCAGGAGCGGCGCGCCCCCCGCGGCGGCGGCCCGCGGGAGUCCAUGGCGGGGCGAUCCCGCAGCUUCUCCACGAUGCACACGACGCUGAUCGACCCCGCGCCCCUCGGCCCCUUCAACCCCCACAACCCCUCCAUCGGCUCGCUGGCCCUCGGCGCGGGCCACGGCGCCGCCGGGGACGUCGAGGGCCACUGUCAGGGCCUUGGCGGGUCGAGCGGGAGCGUCGCGCCCCUGGUGGAGGGCGCCGCAGCCGGCGGUGGCCUCAGAGGCAUUCGCUCGGACGCCUCCGCCACUUCCCAGACGUCGAUCCUGGCGGAGGACGCGAGGGUCAGGGGCGUCGCCCCGGGCUCAGAGGAGAGGAACGGCAGGAACAACGGGUCGUGCGUCCAGGGCAGCCCC